CGGCAGUGUAAGAUAUACAUUCAAGUGACCAAGAUUUACCCACAUGGGUGUAACAAACUCCUUGAUCUUUGAGCUGGCAGGCACAGAUGUGGAUAAUUCCACAUAUACAGAUGAUAAUUCCACAUAUACAUAUGAUUAUGGAAGCGACACACUCUGUGAUGAUGAGGAGACUGCCCUCUGGCUCUUUCAUGCCGUUUUCCAACCUGUGCUGUACAGCUUGAUCUUCCUGCUGGGCGUGGCAGGGAACGGCCUGAUGGUAACAGUCCUCCUGAGACGUUGGCACCUCCUGCGCAUCACUGAGAUCUACCUGCUGCACCUCGCCUUGGCGGACCUCAUGCUCCUUUUCACAUUUCCUUUUGACAUAGUUGACAGUGUCGCCGGUUGGCUGUUUGGGGAGUUUCUCUGCAAGCUGACGGGCCUGGUGCAAAAUCUUAACCUCCACUGUGGGAGUUUCCUUUUAGCUUGCAUUGGGUUCGAUCGGUACUUGGCCAUUGUUCAUGCCAUUCCUAGUAUGCAAAGUCGACGUCCAAGAACAGUGCGCCUAACAUGCAUUACAUUAUGGCUGGCCUGUUUGGGGUUAUCAAUACCCAAUGCUGUGUUUCUUUCUGUGAGAAUAGAAGCCAGACCAAUAUCUAGGCUCUCCUGUUUCUAUAAUGAUCAUGGUAUGCAUGCAAACAACUGGGUUUUGGCUAAUGGAGUUUUAGAUCAUGUGUGCUUUUUCCUACCUCUGGCUGUCAUGAGCUAUUGUUACACAGCAGUGGUAGUUACAGUGUGCAAGACUCAGAAAAGCCAAGCAACGCAAGGAGCAAUUAGACUGGCUUUACUCGUCACUGUUGUCUUUUUCUUCUGUUGGCUGCCAUAUAAUAUCACCCUACUGAUAAAAACUACGGUGGACCUGGGCCUUAUCUCGUAUGAAACCUGUGAAUUUUACGUCCUACUGCGACCAGCCCUUGAUGUGACGAAAAGCCUCGGUCUCUCACACUGUUGCCUGAACCCUUUCUUGUAUGCCUUUGUUGGGGUGCGCUUUCGCAAUGAGCUAAUACAGUUACUUUGUAAAUUGGGCUGCAGCAAUUGCCUACCUUUCCUCCGAGCUCAGGGUCACAGUCGACCAUCCAUUUCUGAUGGAGCAACGACCACCAGCACCGUACUCAUCUAAUAAACUCUUGUACAAUGUCAGCUGGAACUAAAAUGCUUCCGUUCUACAGUAAUUCAUUUGUACAGUAAUCAUGAAAAAUGUUAUCAUUUUAUCAAAUGUUCUGACAAUAUAGUACCCACUGCAACUUUGAAUGCAUUUAAAAAGAUGUUUUAUUUACCCAGUCAAGAAAAUGUUAUUUUUUGUCCAGAAUCUGUUUUUGCUUGUACUUCAGCUACUGCUUAUUGAAUUCAAUAAAGAUUUCAUAUAUUAUA